UCCCACCCUAUUUGUAUAUGGAGAUCGGAGAUCGGUUAUAAAGGAAGGUCAGAUGAAUCCUGGAAUCUACUAAACCGGUUAAUUCGCUCACAGAAAGAAGACGGUGGACAGAUUUUCAACUGCUAUGGGGAUCCUCAAAUUCUUCAUGGGUAACUCCCACUCUGGGCCAGACAUGUCUGUGAUAGUGGGAGAGGGGCGGGUCAAAGCCUGGAGGGUCACCAGAAGCAUCACCUACUACUGCACCAGCGAUACCCAUGCCCCCUCUCCUCCUACCUCCUCCUUAUCCUCCCAUCUAGACUCUCCUCUUCCCUCCCCCUCCUACUCCCUCUCUGCCCCCUUUAUCUCAGACAUGCCCUCUCACCCCACCGUUUCCUCAACUCUCACCCCUUCAUUUUCGGAUGUACCAACCCUCUCUCCAUCUUCGCCCACCUCCUCCCCCCGUCCCCUCCUCCUGCUUUUCCCGUGGCUGGGCGCCCGACCGGGGGCCAUGGCGAAGUACCGGGACCUCUACCUGGAACGCGGCCUGGACAUCCUAUCUGUGGAGAGCACUGUGUGGCACUUCCUGUGGCCUCGCUGGGGGCUGGAGUACGGGGCUGAGGUCCUGGAGGUCCUGGGAGACCCGCGUUUCAAAGGUCGCCCCCUUCUGGUCCACGCCUUCUCCAUCGGCGGGUACACCUUCACCCAGCUGCUCAGCCAGAUGGUCAGGGAGCCACACAAGUACCCAGGCCUGGCCCAACAGGUCGUAGGACAUGUCUAUGACAGCAUGGUGGUCGGGUCGCUGGAGCAUAUGGCUAAAGGCCUGGGUCUGACCCUGUUCCCUCAUAUCGAGCCCCUGGUGCGAUACACUGCUCUGCUCUACUUCUGGCUCUUCAAGUCCCAGACGGUGUACUACUACGACAAGUCAAUCCAGGUCUUCUACAACAGCCCCGUCACCGCCCCGGCGCUCUUCUUCUUCUGCGAGAACGACGCGCUGUGCGACCCCGUCGCCAUGGAGGCGGUCCUCGACUUCUGGAGGAAGCGGGGCAUUGCUGUGGAAACCGGGAAGUGGAAGGAGUCUGUGCACGCUGCUCAUCUACGCUGUCACCCGGAGGAGUACCUCUCCACGUUGGAAAAAUUUAUGAUCUCGCGCAACAUCGCCCCCCUCAGGGAGAAGAUGUAAAUGGCUCAUGUGCUAAUCACAGUGGGGUUUGAUAAUUCAAUAAAGCCUGCAUACUCAUGUUCAAA